AUGGGAGCCAGGCAGUCAAGAGCCAACUCUAAGGACAAGGACCCCAAAAGGAUGCCCACCUUGGGGAGGCGACAGAAGUUUCCCGCAUGGGAUGAUACCCUGCUCUUGGGAAAGGACCCAAGGUCCCUGCUGAAGCGAGGCAUGUGCCAUGUCAGUUUUAGCUUGGUUACAAAAGGAAUGACAGACAUCCCGGACUUUCUGUGGGGCUUGUCUGAGGUCCAGAAACUCAAUCUGUCUCACAAUCAGCUCCGAAUUCUCCCUCCUGAGGUGGGGAAACUGACUCGGAUCGUGGUCCUGAACUUGUGUGGGAACCGCCUGAAAAGUCUACCCAGAGAAAUUAGCCUCCUACAGAACCUCAAAGUCCUGUUCGUCAACAUGAACUGCCUGAGCGAGGUCCCUCCCGAGCUCAGCCUGUGCAGAAGCUUAGAAGUGUUGAGUUUGUCACACAACUGCCUGUCCCAGCUUCCCGCAGGCUUCGCCGACCUCUCCAGACUGCGGAAGCUGAACCUUAGCAACAACUAUUUUGUACACAUUCCCAUCUGUGUGUUCUCCCUGAAGGAGCUGGAUUUCUUACACGUGGGCUCCAAUCGCUUGGAAAACAUCGCCGAGAGCAUCCAGUGCCUGGCCAGCCUGCAGAUUUUCAUUGCUGAGAACAAUAACAUCCACUCCUUCCCAAGAUCUCUUUGCCUUGUCACAAGCUUGGAGCUGCUGAAUUUAAACAACAAUGACAUCCAGACCCUGCCAGAUGAACUCUAUCUGCUCAGUAGACUGGGGCGGAUUGCCUGGAACCCCAUGGACAAAGGGCUCCACAUUUCCCAUAACCCUCUGUCCAAGCCUUUGCCAGAGCUGGUGGAAGGGGGCCUGGAGAUGCUCUUCAGCUACCUGAAGGACAAAAAGCAUAACUGA